AUGAGUUUUAUCACGGCAAAUGAGACGAUUUCAACUGAUAGUUUAAAUCAGUUGGAGCCAACUUUUAUGUAUACUCAGAUAUUCAAAGAAAUUCUUCUUGAUAUGGAACAUGAUAAGCAGGCCAUCAAAGACUUUACUAAUUAUUGUCGACAUCACGAUUGCGGAUCGGCAAAGAAUAUUGAUCAAUUCGAAGAAGAAUACGAUUCUCAAUCAGCUAUUUGGUGGUAUACUUACCCAUCAUUUAUAUACUCUAUGCUGAAUUAUGCUCUUCGCUCUAUGGAAGGUGAUACCAUUAUGAACAUGGGCUUUUUCAUUGAUGACCUUCAUCAACAAAUCCAACAGCUACAUCAUCAGCAGAUUGGCAGUUAUUAUGGCAAACCGUUUAUAGUUUACCGCGGGCAAGGUCUAUCCAAAGCAAAUUUCGAAAAAUUACAAAAAACAAAACGUGGUUUAAUAUCUUUCAAUAACUUUUUAUCCACAAGUACGGAACAAGAUAUAGCUCUCGGACUUGCUUAUAGUGCCUCAGAAGAUGUGGAUAUGAUUGGCAUUCUAUUUAUAAUGUCCAUUGAUCCUUGUAUUAAAUCAGCACCAUUUGCCUCCAUCAAGGAAAUAAGUUAUUUUAAUCAAGAAGAAGAAAUUCUGUUCUCCAUGCAUACCGUCUUUCGAGUGGAUGCAAUUAAACAAAUGGAUAACAAAAACCGACUUUAUCAAGUUGAAGUACAAUUGACGUCGGAUGACGAUCAACAGCUACGAUUACUUACUGAUCGCAUACGAGAAGAAGUUGGUGGUGAUAAUGAAUGGGAGAGAUUGGGUAACUUAUUACUUAAAAUCGGUCAAUUUAAUAAAGCUGAAGAGCUUUAUAACGUAUUACUCGAACAGACAUCUGAUGAGAGUGAAAAGCAGCAUUAUUAUAAUCAGCUGGGAUAUGUCAAAGGUUCUCAGGGUGAUUAUGAAAAUGCUAUUCGAUAUUUAGAGCAAGGACUUGACAUUCAACAGAAAACUCUUCCAUCACAACAUCCUGAUUUAGCUAAUUCAUACAAUAGCAUCGGUAUGGUGUAUCAGAGGAUGGGAGAGUACUCGAAAGCAUUUUCAUCACACGAAAAAGCACUCGACAUUUUAGAAAAAACUCUUCCUUCAAAUCAUCCUUAUUUGGCUACUUCAUAUAACAACAUCGGCAGUAUGUAUGACAACAAGGGAGAGUACUUGAAAGCACUUGCAUUUUACGAAAAAGCACAUGAAAUUCAACAAAAAACUCUGCUCCCAAAUCAUCCUGAUUUAGCUACUUCAUACAACAAUAUCGGUAUGGUGUAUCACAAGAUGGGAGAGUACUCGAAAGCACUUUCGUCUCACGAAAAAGCAUUUGAAAUUCAACAGAAAACUCUUCCUUCGAAUCAUCCUGAUUUUGCGGAGUCACACAACAACAUCGGUAGUGUGUAUGAGGACAUGGGAGAAUACAUAAAAGCCAUUUCAUUUUACGAAAAAGCAAUUGAAAUCUAUCAAAAAGCUUUUCCUUCGAAUCAUCCUGAUUUGGCUACUUCAUACAACAACAUCGGUUUGGUGUAUGACAAGAUGGGAGAAUACUCAAAAGCACUCCCAUUUCACGAAAGAGCACUUGACAUUUUAGAAAAAACUCUUCCUUCAAAUCAUCCUCAUUUGGCUACUUCAUACAACAAUAUGGGUUUGGUGUAUUGCAAAAUGGGAGAGUACUCGAAAGCACUUUCAUUUCACGAAAAAGCAUUUGAAAUUCAACAGAAAACUCUUGCUUGGAAUCAUCCUGAUUUGGCUGGUUCAUACAACAACAUCGGUUUGGUGUCUGACAACAUGGAAGAAUACUCAAAAGCGCUUUCUUCUUAUGAAAGUGCACUUCAAAUUUAUCAAAAAACUCUUCCUUCAAAUCAUCCUUCAUUGGCUACUUCAUAUAACAACAUCGGUGUGGUGUAUCACAAGAUGGGAGAGUACUCGAAGGCACUUUCAUCUCACGAAAAAGCACUUGAAAUUCGACAAAAAACUCUUCCUUCAAAUCAUCCUGAUUUUUCACAGUCAUACAACAACAUCGCGGUUUUGUAUUACAGUAUGAAAGACUAUUCGAAAGCACUAUCAUAUUUUGAACGUGCUCUGGACAUUAAACAACGUACACUACCUCCAACUCAUCCUAGUAUUAAAAAUGUGAAGAACAAUAUUGAGAACGCAAAAGAAAAAAUUAUAAAGAAUAUUUUAUAA